AUGUCAAACAACAACAACAAUUCAGAAUGCAAGUGCUCUAAAUGCUCUUCCAAUAGCAUGGGAUUUGUUUUGGUGUCUACCCAAACACUCAGAAGACAUGCACAACAGGAUAUUGUGAGACAAUAUCAGUCAGGAUCUUCUUCCUCAGUUAUAGAAGUAAUGUCGAAUGACAAUGACAUGGAGAUUGACUUUGAAGACAAUGUUGAUGCCGAAGAUCAAGUUGAAGCCGAAGACUUACUUCUUUUUGGCAUUGAUUCCUUGUUUGAUUCUGAAAGCGAAGAUGAGGAUGUCAUUGAAGCAACCAUUUUGGAUAUUUCUGACGAUAAAUCUGAUGAUGUUAGAGAACACUUUUCUUCAUCCAAUACGCCAGUCGAUCCUACUCAUGCUUUCAUUGCUUCUUUUGCUGCCUUCUUCAUAUCCAAAUAUGUUGUCAAUUCUGGUGGUGCUGUUCUGUUAAAGUUUCUUAACGAAGUAUUGGCACACUUUGGACAGUCUUUCCGUCUUCCCCUCAGUAUGAGCAGUCUCAACUCUAUGACCGGUCUCAGCGACGUGACUCGAGGUGUCCAGCGGUUUGUUGCAUGUGGCGAUUGUAACAAAGUAUACGAAGAGUCCGAUGUUGUUCCAGAGUGCUGUAAUUUCAAGAGACUCUCUGGUAGAGAAUGUGGAAACGCUCUUUUCUUUGCAACAUCAAGAGCCUUGACUAUCCCCAAAAAGAUCUACAUGUAUAACUCCAUAAUCAAAACAUUGUCUAUUGUUGUGGUGGUUGAAGUUGAAGAAGUUUUUAAGAGGAAGAAUUCAAGAUUUGAAAUUAGGAACGAAGAUUCGUAAGAACUUGUGUAGGUUUUGUUUAUUGAGAAAGAUUUUGUAUCCAAGUUUGACCAGGUUCCUACACUGAACUACUACUGCUAUUUAUAUUGUUUUGGAUUGGGAAAAUUAUAUGACUGGGGUCAGGUAAUCGAUCCUAUCUGAGCCUUAAUCAGAGCAACGUGAUCUUGGGAUAAUUAAUGUAUGAUUAAUUAUAUAAAUGUGUGUAGUCCCAAUGAAGUAUUAACAUCGAAAGUAAAUGUGUUUAUGAGUUAUAAUUAUGCUUAUAAUAAUCCACUGAUGUAUCCCAUAUUAUGGUGAUAUCAUCAUAUGAAAUAUAAUCACUAUCACGCAUGCUAAACCUGUGUGUUAAAUAAUAAAGUAAUCGGUAGACACCUUU